AUGAAGAGUAUUACAAAUUUACUCCGGUUGAGAAUGGAGGAUAGCAAAUCCCCAAAACGAGUUUUUGAAAAGGACGAUGUAAUUGUCUUGGUGAGGAAAGAAGAAGAUGACGAUAACAAUGACAAGAAAGCGAAAGACUGCCCAACUUGUCUUGAAAGGAUAAACGGCGAAAUAUCUAAAUGUGAAGACUGGGAAAGUAAACGAAAAAACCAACUAGAAGAAUUAAAAAAAGGAGUCUGUUUUCAUAAAAAGGAAGACGGUGAUUCUCCAACCAUAUUGGUUCAUAAAGAAAAAACAACAAGAAAAGGUAAAUGUUCGAAAUGCCAAAAAGAAUAUGUAUCCAGUAAAUCUAAUGAUGUGGGCGAUCAAAAAACUUUUCCUCAUAACUGUUCCCAAAAACCUAAUCAGCAAGACGACGAAGGAAAUGAUAACGAUAAUCCUAAUAGCAAAAUUGCUGAGAAGUCAACCGUGCGAAAAUAUUGUAAAGGCAAUGGUAUAUCAGGGUUAGAAUACGAUGAAGAAACUGGUAAACUAAUAAUUACCUACAAAAAUAAUAAAAAACCUAAAAGCGAGUUAGAUAAUUUAACCGAAGAACUCCAAGAGAUUAAAAAUUACCUGAAAAAGGAAGGUCGAAGCAAAGGUAAAAGAAGGCUCUUAACUGAAAGCGACUGA